AUGCAUAUUCAUGUUAAUAGAUUGGUAGGUUCAGAUCUAUCUAUCUAUCUAUCUAUCUAUCUAUCUAUCUAUCUAUCUAUCUAUCUAUCUAUCCCAGUCUGUUCAUAUCAACGUCAUUUUGUGAUCUAUCUAUCUAUCUAUCUAUCUAUCUAUUAUCUAUCUAUCUAUCUAUCUAUCUAUCUAAGCAUAUUCAUCUUAUCUAUCUAUCUAUCUAUCUCAGUUUGUUCAAAUCAACGUCAGUUUGAUCAGAUCUAUCUAUCUAUCUAUCUAUCUAUCUAUCUAUCUAUCUAUCUAUCUAAGCCUGUUCAUAUCUAUCUAUCUAUCUAUCUAUCUAUCUAUCUAUCUAUCUAUCUAUCUAUCUAUCCCAGUCUGUUCAUAUCAACGUCAUUUGUUCUAUCUAUCUAUCUAUCUAUCUAUCUAUCUAUCUAUCUAUCUAUCUAUCUAUCUAUCUAUCUAUCUAUCUAUCUAUCUAUCUCAGUUUGUUCAAAUCAACAAGAUUUCUAUUAUUUUCUAUCUAUCUAUCUAUCUAUCUGGAAUCAAAAUCUUCCUUUUGUGACUUUUUUCAUCUAUCUAUCUAUUUUUUUUUUUUUAUCUAUCCCAAAAUCAACUUCAUUUAAUGUCUUUCUUUCUUUUCAUAUUUUCAUUUCUUUUCUUUUUUUCAUAUUUUUUCUUUUCAUGUUUUCAUUUCUUUCUUUCUUUCUUUCUUUCUUUCUUUCUUUCUUUCUCCAGUGUUUGGCUCCUCUUUCCCUACAGUCUGUAUUUCUUUCUUUCUUUCUUUCUUUCUUUCUUUCUUUCUUUCUUUCGUGUUUGGCUCCUCUUUCCCUACAGUCUGUAUUUCUUUCUUUCUUUCUUUCUUUCUUUUCUUUCUUUCUUUCUUUGGCUCCUCUUUCCCUAGUCUUUUUCUUUCUUUCCCUUUCUUUCUUUCUUUUUCUUUCUUUCUUUCUUUUCUUCUUUCUCCAGUGUUUGGCUCCUCUUUCCCUACAGUCUGUAUUUCUUUCUUUCUUUCUUUCUUUCUUUCUUUCUUUCUUAAUAAUCUUUUCUCUCAGUUCGAUAACAGUCUUUCUCACUUCUUCCAUUCACUUUUUCUUCUCUUCUUUCUUCAAUGUCAACUCUUCCUUACUCUCCCUAAUGUUUAGCCUUACUCUCUCUCAUGCUCACAAGCCUUUUGGCCGACAGCGAAAAAAAGUUGUUAUUGUUCCUGUCUGUUGUUACUGUGGUUACCUCACCCUAGCGUUGAGGGUCGCAAAGGAACGGCGUUUUCUUUUGCAACCCGGUCAUUCACCAACUAUCUUCACGGUGCUCUUUUCAGUCGAAUUUCUUUUUGACACCUUAUACUGUUUAUCACUGCUCUAUUCAUUAUCUAUCUAUCUAUCUAUCUCUAUCUCAGUAUGUUCAUUAUCUAUCUAUCUAUGUAUCUAUCUAUCUCAGUAUGUUCAUUAUCUAUCUAUAUAUCUAUCUAUCUGUCUAUCUAAAUUUGUUCAAUAUCUAUCUCAAUGUUCAUUCAUUAUCUCUCCCAGUUUGUUAUCUAUCUAUCUAUCUAUCUAUCUAUCUCAAUAUGUUAUCUAUCUAUCUAUCUAUCUACAUUUGUUCAAUAUCUAUCACAAUGUUCAUUCAUUAUCUCUCUCAGUUUGUUAUCUAUCUAUCUAUCUCAAUAUGUUAUCUAUCUAUCUAUCUAUCUAUCUAGAAAAAAUUGUUCAAUAUCUCUUUCAAUAUUCUUUCAUUAUCUCUCUCAAUUUGUUAUCUAUCUAUCUAUCUAUCUAUUCCAAUAUGUUACCUAUCUCAAUUUAUUCAAUAUCUAUCUCAAUGUUCAUUUAUUAUCUCUCUCAAUUUGUCUAUCUAUCUAUCUAUCUAUCUAUCUAUCUAUCUAUCUAUCUAUCUCAAUAUGUUAUCUAUCUAUCUAUCUAUCUAAAUUUGUUCAAUAUCUAUUUCAAUAUUCAUUCAUUAUCUCUCUCAAUUUGUUAUCUAUCUAUCUAUCUAUCUAUCUAUCUAUCUAUCCCAAUAUGUUAUCUAUCUAUCUAUCUAUCUAAAUUUGUUCUAUCUAUCUAUCUAUCUAAUCUAUCUAUCUAUCUAUCAUCUAUAUGUUAUCUAUCUCAAUAUCUAUCUAUCUAUCAUCUAUCUAUCUAUCUAUCUAUCUAUCUAUGUUAA